AAUGUUAGCAGGGACAGUUAGACUAAGACAUCGAGUGACACGUGUAUAGUGAAUGUUUCGCAUUUCAAGGUACGACCGUGUCUUAAAAUAUAACUUGACACUUUGCGAUAGCUGAAAUGAUCUUUUAUUGUUGUAGCUAGUAUUGCAUGCUACUGUUUUUAGCACUAGCCAGCUGGCAUGGCACGAAUUCCGCAAUCCCAAAGAGCCAAUGUCAAGAAUUCGUCACGCUAGCUAACGCAGUAUUUUGGUUAUUUUUAGCUAUGAAAAUUACGCCAUUACGUCCACUGUCGUUUUUUACUGGACUGUAAAGACAAAGUAGCCCCCCCCCUACAAUCACAGUUUGCGGGUCGGGACGAGCAGACAUGGGCGCCCCAGCAGCCCCAUCACCCCAGACAGAUUAUUAGCCACAUCCUGGCCCCUGCACAAACAAAAAGGACCCAGACGGUGGCUUUCUUUCUUUUCUAUGACACACCCAAUUUAUGCCCAGCUGGAUUCGGUUGAAUCUCUGUUGGACGAAGUACCAUAUAUGUUUUAUCUGGGCCUGUUCUUUGUGAACGUCCUGAUCCUCUACUAUGCCUUUCUGAUGGAGUACAUCGUCCUGAAUGUGGGGAUAGUGUUUCUGCCUGAGGACAUGGACCAGGCGCUGGUGGACCUAGGGGUUCUGUCCGACCCGGCCUCUGUCCCCUAUGACACAGACACGGAGCUGGAUGUGUUUGAGGGGUAUCUGGAGUGACAGGCCGGUGCUUAGAGGUCGAAAAAAAAGGGAAAUAGAAGUGGUGUCCCCGGAGGAGACUGAACUCUCCCUGGGCAGUGAUGUGGAGAAACAAGGGGAUGCUGUGGCUGCCUACUUGUCACACAGACACAUCAGUGAAAAAGUUGUCUCGGCUCAAAAAAAAGGGUAGCCCAAGGGUGAGAUUCAGCGCCACCAGCCAAAAGAUCGGCAACUGUUCCCUUUCGUGGAGCGCUCUUCAGCGGAUAUCGUCGGCCGGUCUGCUGCCAACCUUUUAAAGCAAAUCGACCCAGGCGUCUAGUGUGCCUCAAAAUGGAUGAAAGUUAAAAAAAAAAAAAAAACAGCAAGCAGAAGCGGAGAUUGUCAGCUGUUUCCUGUGGACGACAAGUAAAUGCUGCAAUGAUAAUGACUUUGAGUAAUGCAGCCAGGGCAGGCACAGUGCAGCUGAUGUGAAUGGAAUUCCAAGCCGACUGUUAAAAUACAGCGACUCUAAACGUCUCACUGAUGUCCUAUGCAGUGUGACAUCUCAGAAGAACUGGAAAGUAAAGUCCACUGUGAGUCCGUCUGCCUAAGUGACAACUCGUUUC